AUGAAAGUCAUGAAGAAGCUCAAGUUCUGGUCGAGAAAGAAGAGAAAGAAGAAGCACUCUUACGAUUAUGAUCAACACCAACCUUAUUAUUGUCAGCCUUUCACUCCCUCAACUUGUCCCCAUUAUCACCAAUACUAUUGCUCCUGCACCUCCUCUACUCCUCAGCCCUCCGCUCCUCCGCUGCCGCCGUGGCUCGAAUCCGACGAGACUGAGUGUUAUGAGUGUUAUGACUACGUUCCGAGCCAAACCCAGUUGGAAUAUUCGGAAGAAGAUGUGGAGGAAACGAGUCCCAUCUGUCCAGAAUUGAAGAAUAGUGAGAGCUCUGAAUCUUAUCAGCAAUAUUUGGCUCCGAAUCCGGCGUAUGGAUUGCCAGUUACGGCGGAAAGUGGAAGAAGAGAGAGACGUUCUGGGUUCUUUGGAUGCGCUGCUGGGUUUGGUUUCGAUUUGUUUCGCUGCUUUUUUCCAUGCUUUCACAUUUGA